CUCUUACAUCUUCCUGUAUAAAUUAUAUGUCCGGUUCGACAUACUACUGUCUUCCGCUUGUCCUUUGGAGUUGACCUACCGCGUUACGUCAUUCAUGUCUUACUCGCCCAAAAGUACUUACGUUCCAGGUGAACGCAACACUCCACCAGCGGAUGCACCUACGAGACGCACCGUUCUGUCUAUGAGCGAAUUCCUGCACAGUGGCCCUUUAGACAUACCAGCCAGUACACCCUCAGAUGUUGGUGGCGGUGCGCCGCGCCUCUCAAGUCGCCUUAGCGACAGCCGACUGCGUUUCAUCAAGAAGGUACCAAUUGACCCCAGAAGCGAUCUUUGCUCUCCGAGAGACCGAAGAGCUGCCCUUGCUGUGUAUGACGAGGCUAUUGAGAAUAUCAAAAACGGAAAAGGACAUCAUAUCGACGUGGAGACAGAGGCCGAAGCCAAGAUUGAGACAAUACUGGGGAUAAGAAGCGCAGCUCCGUCUCACCUUGUGUUCCAGAAGAACCUUCUCUUACCCAUCGAUCCAACAUAUGCAGAACCUCGCAUAGAGGCCAGCGAUGAUACAUUAGGUUAUCAUGCGUCUUGGAGAUUACAUGAAUGGCGACAAGAUGGUUGGCCAGCAUUGAUCCCAGGAAGGGCCAUUGAGAAAGAGAAGACCAUGAAAGGUGACCCUAGUACGUGGCGCGAGCGGGACUGGUCGUGAGAGUCAAGUGAGAGUUGGCCUAAUCUGGGUGGAUAGACAAUAUAGUGAGUCGCUAGUAUGACGAAGUAGCAGUAGGUGCGUAAUCCAUCUAUGAAAAGCUAUCAUCAGACGUACGAACUUUAUGAGGUUGGGAGAUUGUACCGCGGUAACCAAAGCAUAGUUCAAAGACUGC